AUGGCAGCCGCCCUCAGUGCGGCAGUUGCCUCCGCCUUGAGCUCCUCUUCACCUUCAUCACCUUCAUCACCUUCUUCACCUUCCUCGCCGCCUCACUCCUCCUCCUCCUCCUCGUCGACGCCCUCGCAACGCAUCUCCGCGAACAUCGGCGACAAUGUGAUCCUGAAGUGUGCCUUCCCCGAGAAAGUGCAGACGCCCUAUGUGAUACACUGGCUGAAGAACGGCCAGAAGCUGCCCAUCUACAUGUUCUACGACGGCUACCCGCCGCACCUCGGCGAGGGCUACGAGGGCCGCGUGUCGCUUCUCAACCAGGCGGAGGCCUCCCUCAAUCUGUCCAGCGUCCGAGAAUCUGACCAUGGCAACUACGAGUGUCGGGUGUACUCCCUCUCAGUGCAGCAGUCAGAGGAGGAGAACCGAAAUGGCACAUGGGUCCAACUCGAAGUCAACUCUCCUCCUCACUUCAAAGAGAAACCGCCGGAAAUGAUCUUUGUAAAAACGGGUGAUACGUUGACGGUGCACUGUAGGGCGCACGGAACGCCCACGCCGACGGUUAGUUGGCAAAAAGACACUCAACCAGUACUGACCGGCGGCUCAGUGCACGUCCACGGCGGUGAACUCCACCUGAAGUCCAUCACCGAGGCGGAAACGGGCACGUACGUGUGCGUGGCCAAGAAUCGGCAGGGCGUCCUGCGGGCAACCACUCGAGUCCUCAUUUCCGUGGCAGCUGAAAUCGUCAACCCGCCGCGGAACACCACCAUCAUCGAGGGCAAUCAGGUGGAGCUGACCUGCGGGGCAAAGGGCGUGCCCAGCAACAUCACCACCCGCUGGUACCACAAGGGCAUCCUCAUCAGUCAGCUCGGCUGGCUGGCCCACCGGGUGGAGGUGAAGCCGAACGGGUCGCUGAUCAUUCGGACGGCCACCGCCGAGGACAGCGGCAAGAUUACCUGUGAUGCUUUUAACGGCGUCGGCGAGCCGGACACCGCCUUUGCCUACCUCAGUGUGGAGUUCGCCGCCCGUGUCACCUACUCGCCGGCUCGUCAGUACCUUCCGCUGGGCCUGUCGGGCAUUGUCAAGUGCUACAUUCAGGCGUCGCCGCCGCUGGAGUUUGCCACCUGGACCAAAGACAGGCGGCAGUUUGACCCCAGCACGACGCCCAACGUUGAGCUGCUCGCCAACGGGUCGCUUCUCUUCACCAAGGUCACCACGGAGCACCAGGGCGUCUACCGGUGUACGCCUUACAAUCUGCAAGGGACGGGGACGCCUUCCAAUUCGAUGGAGGUCAUCGUCAGAG